CUCCUCACUCUAGGCGGCCCAGAGACUCUGCGGGCGCACCCCACCCACCCGGUCUCGGAUUGGCGUCCCUUGGCUCUAGGGCGAAGAGCCACGGGGCAGAAUGGCCAAAGCAGCAGGCUCCUCGCCGCUGGAGGACUUGGACCUGAGCGGAGAGGAGGUCGAGCGGCUCACCUCCGCCUUCCAAGACCCGGAGUUCCGGCGACUGUUCUCCAAGUACGCCGAGGAGCUCAAUGACCCGGAGAAUCGGCGGCGCUACGAGGCAGAGAUCACGGCGCUGGAGCGUGAGCGCGGAGUGGAGGUGCGCUUCGUGCAUCCGGAGCCGGGCCACGUACUGCGCACCAGCCUGGACGGGGCGCGGCGCUGCUUCGUGAACGUGUGCAGCAACGCACUGGUGGGCGCGCCGAGCAGCCGGCCCGGCUCCGGGGCAGAUGGGGCAGGGCCUGGCAGCCAUUGGUCCCUGCCCUACAGCCUGGCGCCACGGCGCGAGUACGCGGGGCGCGGCGGCACCCGCUACAUGGUCUACGACGUGGUCUUCCACCCUGAAGCGCUUGCGCUGGCCCGGCGUUAUGAGCGCUUCCGCCAGAUGCUGGACGCCACGGCCCUGGAGGCAGUGGAGACCCAGUUUAGCGUGAAGCUGGACCGCAGGAAUGCCAAAACCCUAAAGGUCAAGUACAAGGGGACCCCGGAGGCCGCCGUGCUGCGCACGCCCCUGCCCGGGGGCGUCCCAGCCCGGCCCGAGGGGGAGCCGCAGAGCCCUCUCCCAGAUUUCCCCUACCCCUACAGGUACCCAGCACCCGCCGGGGACUCCGCAGUCCCCCGGCCCCAGGCGCCCUCACCUCCGGAGGCGCUCUUGCAGCCCGCCCCCACCGAGCCUCGCUACAGCGUGGUGCAGCGCCACCACGUGGACCUCCAGGAUUACCGCUGCUCCCGGGACUCUGCCCCAAGUCCCGUGCCCCACGAGCUGGUGGUCACCAUCCAACUGCCGCUGCUGCGCUCUGCCGAGCAGGCGGCGCUGGAGGUGACGGGAAAGCUGCUGUGCCUCGACUCAAGGAAACCCGACUACCGGCUGCGGCUCUCGCUCCCGUACCCGGUGGACGACAGCCGCGGCAAAGCGCAGUUCAACAAGGCUCGGCGGCAGCUGGUAGUCACGCUGCCCGUGGCGCCACCGGCCGCGCGCCGGCAGCUCCCCGCGACGCCGGAAGAGCCGGCCGGUCGGCCCGGAACUGACGGCGCGGCCUGCGCUUCCGCUCGCGAGGGGGAGGCGGGACCCGCGGGGAGUUGCUCCGGGGCCGGAAGCCGGGGUCCCAGCCGAGAGGGGACUUCCGACGCCGGGACCGCUACCCCGAGCGCCCCCGAGCUGGCGCUGCUGCCGGCUGGUACUGGAGAGCAGCUUGUCCCCGAGUCGGAGGAGCAGGACUUCGGCGGGCACGCGGUGUCUCGCGGGGGGGAGAAGCCGUCUUCUGGAGCAGAGAGUUUACCUGUUGGCAGAGGCUCCCCUUUUACUUCAUCCCGGGGCCUUGGUUGGGAGUCUUCCGCAGAUCUCAGUGUGGAGACGCGCGUGGACCGGGAGGGCACGGGAGGCGAGUCCUCUGACCGAGCCAUGUGUGGUCCGGGGACAGAGAGCGGGCAACCUUUGUGUCCUCCUCUGCUGUGUAAUCAGAAGACAGAAUCCUUGACUCUGCUAAUUCAAGUGCCUGGGAUCCAGCCGCAAAGUCUUCAAGGGGAUUUGAGCCCCCUCCGGUACAAAUUGCGCUUCUCCACACAAGACGUAGUUUAUUCCUUCUUUUUGCAGUUUACUCCAGAGAAUAAAUUGAGUACCAAAGAACCCGUGAUUUGCAUUUCUUCAAACAAUGCAGUGAUAGAACUGGCCAAAUCUCCAGAGAGCCAUGGACUUUGGAGAGAGUGGUAUUAUGGUUUAAACAGCGAUUCUUUAGAGGAAAGGUUGUUUGUCAAUGAAGAAAAUGUUAAUGAGUUUCUUGAAGAGGUACUGAGCUCUCCAUUCAAACAGACUAUGUCCCUAAGUCCACCAUUAAUUGAAGUUCUUCAGGUUACAGAUAAUAAGAUUCAAAUUACUGCAAAGUUGCAAGAAUGUAGUAACUCUGAUCAGCCUCAAGGAAAGGAAGAAAGAGUCAGUGACGGAAGUCAUCUAACUGAAAAAGAAAAUAUAGAACAUUUUACCACCUCUACAACUGAUUCUGAUUGUGGUUCAGUUGCAUGUUUUCAGCAAAAGUCUCUUGAUGAUUCUCAAAUGCUAUUUGGAAAAUCUCAGCAACCUGAAUCAAAAACGGAACCUAAAUUUAUAAAAGAAAAAAGUGCUACUUAUGCAAAUGCAGAAGAUAAUGUAAAAGAACCAGUAAUAACUGAAGAGAAAGAAUUAGAUGGAGAUCACUUACCUUCGUUAGUGAACAAAACUACAGUUCACAACGUACCUGAUUUUGACAGCAUAAAAGAAACCAAUAUGGAGGAUGGUAGUGUGCAGAUUAUCAAAGAUCAUGUGACUCAUUGUGCAUUCCGUUUUCAGAAUUCCUUGCUAUAUGAUUUGGAUUAAUUAUAUAGAGUAAUUAUAUAGUAAAUAUAUAAAAUUACAUAGAAUUAAUCAAAAAUUUGCAAUUUUGAUUCUAAUGGGGAACUAGAGAUUAUUUUUUGCCUCUAGAAUUUAAAGUUUUCUUAAUUAAGGAGAUAAGGUUUGUGAUUCUUCUGAUAGAUGUGUAUUUUUUCUAAUGGAGAGUUAAAUAUUUAGUUUUAAUACAAUCUGUAUAUAUUUACUUAUGUGUUAAUUUUUGCUUCCUUUGUUUACUAUUACUUUAAUAAAGUUUCAAAAUGAUUAUUCA